UCAUCAACGGAGCUCUGCUUUGGGGAAGCUGUGGAGAAGGAAGGAGGCACAUGGAGGGAGGCGGCGGCGAGGAGCUUGCGGUGGGCUGCGUCCUCUCCCUGAGAACAACUCUCGGGGACGAGAUCGAAGGCCAAAUCGUUGCCUACGACCGCCCCUCCAACAUCCUCGUCAUCCGAUGCUCACAAGAAGGCAGUUCGAAUGCGGGGGCUCGAAGGAACAUUCGACUUCUGAAGGCCAACUACAUCCAGGACUUCACGUAUCUGAAGAAAGCGGAGGACCCCCUUGACCUCAACAAGUGCUACAUCGAUCUUGCCGGUCUCCAGGCCAGAGAAGAGGCUUCUUUGAGACAAGCAGAGAUUGAAGCUGAGCGGAUUGGUGUUGGGGUCACUAGCGAGGCUCAAAGUCUUUUUGAUGCAUUGUCUAAGACGCUUCCUGUCCGCUGGGAUAAGACUGUCAUUGUUGUUAUGAAUGAAGUCCGUGUCAGCAUCCCAUAUCUCCCGGAAAAUGUUACUGGAGGAACGCCUGCUGCCAAUGAUCGGGUGAAGAAAGUGCUUGAAUUUGAGAGGAAAAGGCUGCAAGCUCGUGGUCCUGGCCAGUUCUGAUCAUUGUAUAUUAUUAUUGAGCUCAGGUGUAUGAGUUAGUUUCUAAAGCCUUAGUUAAAGGAUGUUAUAGCAACCUUGUGUCUAUGUUAACUUCACCUUGUAUGAGCAACAUUAUAAGCAUCUACAAAUUGCUUCAUCAUGAAAAAUUGAGUUGUACUAGCUUAAUUUCAAA